AUGAACGAAAAUAUAAAAGACACGAACGGAACCAAUAACCGUAAAAAAUAUGAACCCAAACUUUAUAAUGUUUGGGGAGAAGUAGAAAAGGCCAUUGAAAAGCGAAUAUACGACAAAGGCGGAGAAUAUAAACCCAAGGAUCAAGUAUGUUAUCAUUUACAGUUAACUAAUCAACGCCCCGCCGAGGUUAAAAGUGUUAGUGUUUUUAAAAAAAUACAAACAAUAUCUCAAUUUAGUAAAUUGAGAGGAACAAAAGUAAUCAUGGUAGAACUACAAAAGGCAACUGAAAAGGAAAUAUUAGAGGAAGUGAUGAAAAGGCGAAGGAUCCAAAUUACCGAAGGCGAAUAUCAGUAUAAGUUAAUAUUAGUUGACAAAAAAACUCUAACUUCCUUAAAAACGAACGGGCAAUUAAAGGCGGUAAUUAGUGAUAUAAACCCCGAAUUAGUGAACUUAUGGAAAUGUGUUAGAGACUACCCGAAAACACUUAUAGGACAAUUAGAAAGACAUAAACGGAAUCACUGCGAGGCGUAUUAUUAUAAGAUUAGAGACCAGUUAAACCAAGUAAAAUUAACGGGAAAUAAUGAUCCACCGAAGGUAAACAAUGCGGGAAUGUUCCUAUAUCUUAACAAAGCGGGAUUUAAUGGGUUAUAUAGAGAAAAUGGCAAAAGUCUUAUCAAUGUUCCUUACAGACAUAAAGAAAAGAUUGCGUUAUUUACCAAACAAAAUAUAACUGAAAUAAGCAAAUAUUUACGGACUAACCAAAUUACGAUUAUUUGCCAAGACUUCGCCCAAAUUAAACCCCAAAAAGGUGAUUUUGUUUAUUUAGAUCCCCCGUAUGAUGGAACUUACAACGACUAUACCGCCCGCCAGUUUUCCCAAUUACGACUAAAAGAAUAUUGCGAUGAAUUAACCCAAGGAGGGGUUAAGUGA